UUUUGUUAUUAUUUGCCGUUCUCCGCGCGUUAGUUAGUAUCUAGUAGUAGUGGCAGUGAGCCGUCGUCGCGGUCGUUGUGAAAGCAAUUAUUACCGUUGUCACAGGCAGGUAAAUGUGGUAGUGUGUGCGUGUUGGACCGUGCGUUACGUGUUUACCAGGCCUUAGGGAUCCGCGAACAGAUUACGAAAGCAGCGACACUCGGUUUUGGUGUUCGCCCGUUCGUUAGUGUACGGUAGACGGUCGUGGUAGUGGUUGAUGGUGGUGGUAAACGCGCAACGACACAGGUAUUACAGUAGCAGUCGUUUUUUUACUUUCUCGCCCGAUUUCGUCGUGUGAAAUCACGAGACACUUUUUUUCUCAUAUAUUCCUAUACGUUUGUAUUUUAAUUUUUUUUUUUUUUCUAUCCGUGUAUACCAAAAACAGUAUCGAUUGGUUGUAAUUGUGUCAGUAUUAUUGUGAUUAUUAAUUAUUAGAUCUUAGCCCUCGGUGUCCAGUGUUUUAUCUAUGUGUGUAUUUGUAUUUUGAUAAGUGUUUUGUGUAUUACACCAUCGUGUAUUCUCAAUAUCGGUCUUCCCACAACUAUUGUAACGACUCGUAUUGGCGCACAGAAGUUGAAACGUUGAUAACAGCGAGACAGUUUACAAAUCGGACAAGAACUUUUUAACGACAAUAUAUUUGAUUGCUUUGUGAUUUCUAACAAAAUGCUGUGAUUGUUAUCAAUAUCAAUCAGAACUGCACAUCAAACGGUUAUUGAGAUAUGAUCGGCGGCUUUUUCUGUAUGUGUUGUGAUAAAACUGAAGACGUCAUUCAACAAACAGUAUUUCAAUGUAAUUUUGCAAAAUGUAGUACCUAUAUUCCUAAUAGUAACGGGUCUACAUAUUACAAUUCCUCUUGCUCAAUCUACUAUACUCAAAACGGCUUGUUUUUAUAGCUGUAAUAUAAGUAAUUAACUUUGUUGCUCAUUUUCUACUAUUAGUUUAAGUAUCAAUAAGUCAACAAUGAAAAUGUGGAUAGUAUUACUGCUGUUCUUUGCUGUUAAAACUGGUAAAGCGGCUGAUUUAGCUAUACAAUUGCUUCCAUCAAAUUCGUUGCCAUUUGCAUCUCCAUUACAACAAGCUUAUUAUAGAUUUGAUUAUCUACCUCCAUACGGCAAUCCCCCAGCAAACACAACUAUUGCUGCUCAAGACAUAGGUGAUGUAAUACAUUUUUCUCAAGCCUUGCCGGGGACCCGUUAUGACUUUUGGUUAUACUAUAGUAAUUCAAGCAUAGGCAGCAAUUCAAUAAGUAACAAUUCCCCACAACCAACUCCAGGAAGUGUAAUUGUUCCAGUUGGAUCUGGUACAGAAACACUCAUAAAUGGAGCUGUUACUAGUUCUUUACCACCCCAGCCACAAUGGUUGCUCACUUGGACUGCAUCAAUUACUACUGCUCCUGAUCCACCUACAAAUUUAACUGUAACUGUAAAAGGUGGAAAAACAGCCCACGUCCAAUGGUCACCUCCAGUGUUGGGAAACUACAAUGGAUUUAAACUGAAAGUUAUCAGUUUGUCUCCAUCUUCUACAUCAAGUAUAGUGCAACAACAACAAGAACAGUUGGUGAAAAUUGUUGAUGCUACUGGCUCUCCAUCCACUGCUUCAUCUCAAACUGAUUUAUCUAGAGAUACGUUGCAACAAUAUGUUUUGAAAGAUUUGACACCUGGAGCUACCUAUCAGUUACAAUUGUUUACUGUGUAUGAUCAUAAAGAAAGCGUAGCUUAUAUAUCUAAAAAUUUUACAACUAAACCCAGUACUCCAGGAAAAUUUAUUGUAUGGUUCAGAAAUGAAACUACAUUGUUGGUGCUUUGGCAACCUAGUUAUCCAGCUAGUGUAUUCACUCAUUAUAAGGUAAGUGUUGAACCUCAGGAUUCGCCUGAGUCAACAGUUUAUGUUGAAAGGGAAGGUGAACCACCAGGUCCAGCACAAGCUGCAUUUAAAGGUCUUGUUCCUGGGCGUGCAUACAACAUAAGUGUACACACUGUAAGUGAAGAUGAAACAUCUGCACCAACAACUGCUCAAUACCGUACUAUUCCUUUAAAACCAUUAAAUGUAGCUGUAGAUCCUAGAUAUAUAAGUUCAUAUGGUCUACGAAUACACUGGGAACCACCAAAAGGACUUUGUGAAUUUGACAAAUAUCAAAUAUCUGUCAAUGUUAAGAGGCCAUCACCACAAUCUUCAUUAAAUCAACUAGCAUCUCAUCGUAGCAUUAGUGAUCAAACCCAACAAACAACUACUCCAAUAACACUUACUCGUCCUCGUGAUGGUGAUGGUUCUAAUUCUGGAGGAUCAACACAAUGGUGUGAUGUAUACGAUACACAGUUAUUACAACCAGGUCGAACUUAUCAAGUUCUUGUGAAGACAGUUUCUGGAAAAGUGGCUUCUUGGCCUGCUUCUGUGAAUGUAACAUUAAAACCAUUACCUGUAAUCGACUUAAAAGUUAUAAGUAGUGGUAAUACAAAUGGAAAUAAUUUGAAUGAAGAUGGAGGUGGUGGUGUGUUACAAUUAACAUGGAAAGCUGAUGCAAUGAGUUGGCAAGAUGCAUAUCAAGUGAGCUAUGCAGAAGUUCUUACAGGUUCUCUAUCAUCUUCUUCAUCUGCUUCCGAUUCUCUGAUUGUAUCAUCAGUAUUAUCAUUGGGGAAUAACCUUAAUCAAUCACUAAACGGUUCCUCGCGACAACAAUCCACAUCAUCAGCUGUAGCAUCAGCUGCUAUUACAGCAACAACUUCUACCGAUAGUAAUGUUUUGGUAGUUCAAGCUACUAGAGAGUCAAUUGAAGAUCCAUCAACCCCUAUUGAAUGCACAUUGGAAUCAUUAUUACCAGGUCGUAAUUACUCUAUAUCUGUUAAGUCGCUUAGUUCUGGUGUUGCUUCUAACGAUACAGUUGUCUACCAUACAAUGAAACCAUCAGCACCAAUUAUAGAAGAUUUAAGACCAACAUUAGAUUAUGGAUUAAAUGUUUCAUGGAAAACAGAUGUCAAUAGUCGACAAGAAACGUUUCAAGUGGUACUUCGUCGUAAUGAUACUGAUGAUAUACCAACUGUAAGGAUAACUAAUGAAUGGCGCAUGGCCUUAAGAAAUUUAUACCCUGGAGCAGCUUAUCAACUUAAAGUAUUUGCCAUAAGUCAUGGACUUUUAUCUGAACCUCAUGAUUACUUUCAAGCUGUUUAUCCUAGGCCUCCUACUGAUCUUCAAGUAGAGAAUAUAACUGCUGCCUCAAAUAUUGGGUCGAACUCUGUUUUAUUGAAAUGGAAUGGCCCUACAGCUGAAGGCUUGUUCACUGAAUAUUCUAUUAAAUAUCGUACCAUUGAUUCUAAUGGUGGCCAACAACAAUGGAUUAGGUUACCUGGAGUACAAACAACUGAGGCAGAAAUCGCAGAUAUGGUGGCUGGACAACGAUACACAAUUCAAGUUAACACCCAAACUUAUGGAUCUUUGGAGUCUCCAUACCCACUGCUAGUUAAUUAUACAAUACGGCCAAACCCUGUGAGUAACAUAGCUUUGCUUGUGGAUGCUACAAACUUGACUAUACAAUUCCCUCGCCCAGAAGGUUUAAUUGAUUACUAUUCUGUUGAGUACAUACUUCUGAAGCCACCACCACUAGCAGAUCAAAAUCAAACUACUACCUCUAUUAGUUGGACUACAACAGCUACAACUUGGAGUAGUAGCAGUGUUGGUACAUCUUCUAGCGGAUGGAAAAACUUUACCGAUUCUGGAUAUCCUAAUGGAUCUAGUGGAACUAUUUUAGUGAAUUUGGGUUUAGAUGAUUUAAUAGCUGGUGCAGGUUAUGGGUUACGAGUACGUACAUGUUCACAUUCUAUGUACAGUGAUCCUGUCAUCCUGGAAACACAUACAAUGCCAUUGAUUUUAUCUGAAAUAUUGGCUGUAAAUGAUCAGCAACUUGCCACUGACACAUUGACCUUGCGGUAUACUCCUACUCCACAAACUGCUAGUCGUUUCAUUAAAUACCGUUUUCAACUAGCAGAAGCUAGUCAUCAAACAAGCACACAAUCUACAGCGUAUCAAUCGUCUACUAUCACUCCUUCAGAUCCAGGAUCUGGAAUAGCAUCUACAUCAUCUACAGGAUCAGUGUUUAUUGCUGAAAAAUGGGCAUCAGAUAAUGAAUGGAAAGUUACUUGGCACUCUUUAGUCCCUGGGCGCUUAUAUGAUAUAACUGUAUGGACUGUAUCAGCUUAUGGAGUUCUAAGUCAACCCUUGCGUCGUCAAGAUCGUCUUUACCCAGAACCAAUUACUGAUUUAAAUGCCACUCUAAUAACCCGUGAUUCUGUAAAUCUUGUAUGGACACUACCCCGUGGACAAUAUGAUGCAUUUGAAAUUGAAUAUUUAGAUAUCGACGCUACAAUUAUCACUACAGCUUCUUCUAUUGCAAAUUCAUAUUUAUCCUCUAAAUCAUCCUCAGACGGGGGAGGAGGGUUACUCAUACAAAACUUGACUGAUAAACCAUGGUUUUUAGUGCAAGGUCUUCGACCAUUUCGUAAUUAUACAUUCACUGUUGUUGUGCGAGCUGGCGGUGGAGGAUCUUUAGGAUCUUUAUCUCAACAACAAAUAUUAAACAGUGGCGUAGGAGGCUAUGCAGCAGCAUUGUUAUUGAGACGUUCAGUUCCAGUAUCUGGUACUUUUAGUACAUUGGACUGGGUACCAGGGCGUUGUGUAAAUUUCCAAGCUGUAGAUGUACAACCUGGGCAUCUUACAUUAGAGUGGACGUUACCAGAGUCUGAACAUAAUGGUAUACUUUUACGCUAUGUGGUUUCUUGGACUGCUAUAACAACUUCGUCGUCAUCCGAUGGUAUAUCUGCGUCUACUAAUACUGUGGUUCAGUUGAAUGGUGGUGAAGAAGAAGAAAAUAUGUUGGGAUUAGGUAUAAAUAAUUUACUAAGUAGUGGAGGUUUAUUAAGUGGUCAGCCACCUUUAGGAUCUGAAAUUGAAGUCAGUGAUACAACUAAAACAUCAUAUUUCGAGCCAUGGAGAAAUAGAGCAACUGUUAAAGGUCUAAUACCGGGUCGUCAAUAUGUAUUUAACAUAAGUGGCGAAACUCGUGUUGGUCGUGGUCCUGUAGCUAGUUUGGAGCAGAGAAUGCCAAUUUUAGCACCACCUAAACCAAGUGCCCAAGUUGUACCAACUGAAGUAAGUCGAACCACAAAUACCAUACAAGUACGUUUCAGAAAGAAUUAUUUUGGAGACCAAAAUGGCCGAGUGAUAGCCUAUACUUUGAUUGUGGCAGAAGAUGAUUCUAAAAAUGCCAGUGGUCUUGAGAUGCCCAGUUGGCAAGAUGUACAAGCAUAUACAAUUUGGCCUCCUUAUCAGGUUCUUGAUCCAUAUUCCCCAUUUUCAACAAACAAAACUGUGGAAGAUUUUACAAUUGGGCAAGAUACACAUUGUAAUACUAAUUCCAUAAGUGGAGGGAAAUUAUUAUCAUCGCAAUAUUGCAAUGGUCCACUAAAACCGGGUACAAUUUAUCGUGUUAAAGUACGCGCAUUUACAGCUAAUGACAAAUUUACAGACACUAUGUUUUCAUUUCCUAUACAGACAGAUCAAGACAACUCAUCAGCUCCAACAUCAGCUACAGCCAUUGUGUUGUCAGUUGUAGUAGGAUUGCCUGCUGCUUUUAUUUUAAUUGCUGUUUGUGCUGCAUUAGCCACUGGAAGUGGCCGAAGUCGUUGGUUCUUGUGUGGUAGUGGCAAGAGUAGAAUAAUGAAGAGUUCUGUUGGAGGUGGUAAAAGACAAGCAGGGACAGGUCAACGAAGAAUCACAGGAGGGAAAUUUCUAGAAAACUCAUCAACUAGAAACUUAAACGGUGGUGGUCGUGGUGGUGGCCGUGGAGGUGACAUGUUAAACUCCUCCAGUGUUCAACAACAACAACAACAACUGUCAUGUGAUUUACAAAUAAGUCGGCCUGUACGAGUGGAUAGAUUUGGGGAACACUACGCUCAAAUGUCAGCUGAUUCUGACUUUCGAUUUUCUGAAGAAUUUGAAGAUUUAAAACAUGCAGCAGCUGCUGCAGCUACUAAUGGGGGUACAACAACUACAGCGGCUGAUUUACCAUGCAAUCGUCCUAAAAAUAGAUUCACCAACAUUUUGCCUUAUGAUCAUAGCCGUUUUAAGUUGCAGCCAGUAGAUGACGAAGAAGGAUCUGACUAUAUAAAUGCUAAUUAUGUUCCGGGUCACAACAGCGUUAGAGAAUUUAUCGUUACACAGGGACCGUUACAUUCAACAAGGGACGAUUUUUGGCGUAUGUGUUGGGAAAGUAAUGCAAGGAGUAUAAUAAUGUUAACUAGAUGUGUGGAAAAAGGUCGCGAGAAAUGUGAUCAUUAUUGGCCAUAUGAUACUCACCCUGUUUAUUAUGGUGACAAUAUAUGUGUCACUUUACUGAACGACACUCACUAUUCUGAUUGGGUGAUAACUGAAUUUAUGGUUUGUCGGAAUGAUCAAAAAAGAGUAAUAAGACAUUUCCAUUUUACUACUUGGCCUGAUUUUGGCGUACCUAGUCCUCCACAAACACUUUGCCGUUUUGUUCGUGCUUUUAGAGAACGUCACCAUGCGGGUGUAGGAAAUAAUAUUGAACAACAUCAGCACCAACUGCAACAACACCACCGCCCUAUAAUAGUCCAUUGCAGUGCUGGUGUUGGACGAUCUGGUACUUUUAUAGCUCUGGAUAGAGUUUUACAAUCACUCAAUGAUCCUACACAAGUAAAUAAUUAUAUUGAUGUGUAUGGUAUUGUGUAUGCAAUGCGCAAGGAACGUGUAUGGAUGGUACAAACCGAGCAACAGUACAUUUGUAUUCAUCAAUGCAUUGUUUGUAUACUACAACAAAACAGUGGCAAUAGCGAUCAACAAGAACUACUUGAUCAGGAACAACAAGAUUUGGAGCUAAUGAACAAUACGACUACAGCUACAAUGUUGGCUCAUCAUAACCGUGCUUUUGAAGAUGACGAAGGCAUAGCCGAAUCAGGAAUGUAAUUUUAUUGAGCAAAAACCAUGUAUUUUUGUGUACAUCAAUUGCCAACAAAUAUAGACUUACAGCAGUAUUAUGAUAUGACUACUUUGAUA